AGGUUGAAACACGUUUAUCUGACACCUAUCAAUAUAAACAAAUAGGUCUAUUACUAAUACAGCAGAAGCGCUGGUGAUUAUUAUCAAACAAAUGAACAUAAAAGGCCAAUAUCAUUAUCGGUACUGUUAAUAGAAUUGCAACAUCGACGGAAUCACAAAAUUGAAGGUUGUGUUCAGUAAUUUAGUUUAUACAAGAUGAGUUCCAACUCUAGAUGUUGUAUUGGAGUACUUGUAGCGAUUGUAGCAGUCCUAGUUUUAAUAAUUGGUCUUGUAUCUACCUCACUCAAGAAGUUAGAUUCUGAUGAGGUUGGAAUAAAAUACAACACCAUACAGAAAACGUUAGAUGGUGAACCAAAAUUAGAAGGAUUGUAUACAGGACCACCAGGAUAUGAAUUUAUUAUCUUUCCUAAUACAUUCACCACUAUGACCUUCUAUAGACUUGAGUGUUUAAAUGCAGAGGGUGUGACAAUUACACUAAAUGUUGAAUACCAAUAUAAAGCACAACCAAAAGAUAUAAAAAAGAUCAUACUAGAUUUUAAAGAUUUUGAUAACUACAAAAAAAUUCUUGAAACUACAGGUGAAGCAUCAUUACAUGAGGCAUGUAGUCAGUUUAAUACAUCACAGUUUCAGACAGAACGGGGUGCAUUUCAAGAGGAGAUAAGAACUGCUUUACAGAAGCGCUACGUUGAUCUUAUGUGCAUUGUCACUGAUUUACAGGUCAAUAAUAUAGCACGUCCUUCAUUAUAUGAAUCGGCCAUCAGAAGUAAAGAAAGGGCAAGAGAAGAUAUCAAAGUUGCAAGAAGUGAAGAACCACGUCGUUUAACUGAAGCUGAUACAGAAAUUUUACAAGCAGAAACCCAAGGAAAGAUAAUUAUGAAUAAAGCCGAAUCAGAUGCUAGAAUUAGAAACAACAAAGCCACUGCAGAAGCUGAAGCAAUCAGAGCAGAGUUUCAAAAAGAAGCAGAAGCCUAUGCGUUUUUGUUGAAUAGCAAUGGUUUGGGCUUGACACAAGAAGGGUUUAUAUCAUAUUUAGGAUCUCGUGUAAUAGCUGCAGCUAAACAACCUGUUUAUAUUAAUCUAGGAACACCUGCUAAAACUUCAUAUGUUACUCCAUAAUUUGAGUGCUUUCUAAUAAUCUUGAUAUAACUUUAAUUAAUGUGAACCAAUAUAUAAUCCUUCGCCACAAACUAAACAAGACUUCCUGCCUGUCUUUAAUCUUCCCCUUUAUCAACUUUAUCUUUUCUUCCUACAAGAUAUGACAUUGUGCACCAUGGAUCCACUUUUAAGCAUUUCUGACAUCAAAUUUAUGGAGUAAUGUUUGCAUCUACCUGAAGCAUUAUCCCAUUCUGAAAUCUGUUCCACCUCUUCUAUAAUCUAUUUAAGCUGUCUACAAGCCUGAGUAAUCACUGUUAAGUAUAUCAGUUUUUAGAGGUGUUAUGUUUAAGUAUAGGGUAACUAUCCCAUACUUUAUUUUAUUAUGUUAUAGAUAAUUAUGAUGUAAUACUACUGGCGGUUAAGCUUAUUUUGCACAUUGAAUGUUUUGCUGGCAUUGAUUUCUUGUUUUGAUAGUAUUGUUAAAGUUUUGUGUACUACCAAUGCCCUGAUGAAAGUGUACAUCUGUAAGCGAGAUCAAAAGUGAACUUUAAAUCACAAGAACAAUUUUCCAAAAAGCUAUGGAUUUCUACUUCCAUUUCAGGUAGUCAGGACAUAAAUUUAUAUUUUAAUGAUUUCAAAACAAUUUUUCUUUUAAGCAUUUUUAAAUAAAUACAAGUAAGUUCUUAAUUUCAAUUUAAUAUAAUUUUAAAUUAUAUAAUGAUUUUAAAACAAUUUUUCAUAAAUAAAAAAGAAUAAGGCAUAUGAAUAACAAAAUCAUUUUGAAUGGAAGGUCUAUCUCAAUUUGAAAGUAAGUUCGUAAUUUCAAUUUGAUAUUAAAAAAAAUUGAUAAUUAUAUAAUAAUUGUGUACUUUUUUGUUGGUGCAAUAUUAAAUGACAGUCUAUCUGUCUAUUUUAAAAUAUCUAAUAAACAUAUUACUAUAAAUAUCUUAAUGAGGUAGUUCCAGAUUUCAAAGGACAUAUAAGACUACACCUUAUUGACUAGCAGCCACAUGAGUUUUAUUAUGUGUACAUUGUUAAGACAUAGUGUGUGACAUUGUGAAGGAUAAUAUGAUAACUUAUAUUAAUAUCUCUAUGUUGCCUUAUUGAAAUAUCCUUAGAAAAAGUGUCUAUAUUUUGAUGCAUUUUAUUACUACGAAAGUUAUUUCACAGGCCAGUGAUUAGAAUAUACAUCGAUAACUUGUUAAACACAAUUCUCAGGCUGAAAACUAGCAAGUAGUCUAUAUUUAUAUAAAUAAUCCCCAGUUUUUUACAUAAAUCUUUGUCUUUUUUUUUUUUUAAUAAACUUGUGUCAGAUUGUACUAAUUACUAUUAACUUGUGUCAGAUUUUACAACUAACUUGUGUUUAUUAACUUAUGUCAGAUUUUACUGACUCACUAUUUUAUUGGUAAACUAUGGUAUACAUUGUCAUAAUUUUUGUUAUUAGAUCUGUGAUUAUUAUUCCCACUAUCUUCUCAGUGAUUUUAUAAAUGUUAUGAGUAUUAUGUUUUAGUAAUUUAAAUGUUUUUGUAUAUGUUUGACAUGCAUAAUAUCAUGAUAGAUUAGAACAAAUUAUGAUAUUAGGAAGUUUAUUUAGGCAUUACUGUGGGUCAAAUGACUAUACCUGUAUAAGUCUGGUUAAAGAGACUGUUGUUAACAUAUUGGUUAGCAAAAACAGAUAACUAGUUUAUAGGGCAUUCACAAGCAGUAACAAACUACCUAAACAGCAAUAAUCAAAAUAUAUAAAUUUGGUUAUUAAUAUGUCUUUACCUUAUUUGCAAUUGUUACCAAGACAUGAUAUAACUAAAGACAUAUCAUUACCACCAUAUAUAGCAACAAUAGACUUUUGUUUCAUGGUCCCAGCUUAGAAUUGGGUUAUUACCCUACUCAGGUUAUUCAGGAUUAUUUUACUAUUAUUAUAUUUGUCUUACUACAUGUUUUCACAGUUUUUGUAAUAAAUUUCUUAUUUACUGUAA